AUGGAGACCUCGGCGCUGAGGACCGUCGAGAAGGGAGACAAAAUGAACCUGUUCAUGGACCUUCAGAAGAAACCUCCGUCCUCCGAAAUGAGAGCUCCUAAACUACACAAACAGUUUGCUAACGACACCCUGCCCGCCGGCACCGCCGCGCCGCCUCCACUCACCUGCAGCCAGGUCGUGGUCCGAGGGGCGUCCGGGGACCAGACCGGUCCGUCACGCUGCCGGGGUCCAGAGCAACGACCCGUGAAUGCUGACUCUCAGGUCCAGGACCCCGGGGGCUCCAACAGGACCCCCCAGUCCAGCACCGGGCCGGGCGGAGGCCGGGUAAUGAUCCCUGACCCCCCAGUCCCCACGAGAGCCUCUGUGACGGCGGAGAUGCUGAGAUCAGCUGGACGAGCCGCACAGGUCGCCGUGGAAACCACAACUGAAGGGAGAGCAAAUCAGGGACGACUCGACGGAGACGGAGCCUCUAAAGAUGGAAAACCUGAUCCAUCUGUGAUUCUAGUCCCGACGUUCCUGGUAAACUUCCCAGAUCUGGGAAGCUCCCUAAGAGGGAAACAGGACCGGGUCUGCCAGGUCAACCAGAGGCCAAGGGGGCGGUGGCGACCCUACGGCUGCAGGUCCGGGUCCGAGGCUGCAGAUGUUUCAUGCUGCAGCCCUGCCCCCCCCCACCUCUUCCCCGCCUUCCACGCUCCCAUCCCCAUCGACGUCCGGCACCACGAGGCCCGGUACCACGAGGCCCGGUACCACUACGAGCCUCACACGCUGCAUGCCGUGCACAGUCCUGCAGGUCUGAGCGGGAGCCCCGUCAUCUCCGACAUCUCCUUGAUCCGCCUUUCGCCCGCUACCAUGGCAACCGGCGACGCCCCCUUCAGCCCGCCUCACCCGUACGCCGGCCCCCACGUGGAGCAGUACCUGCGGUCUGUGCACGGCAGCCCCACCCUGUCCAUGAUCUCCGUGGCGCGGGGGCUGAGCCCAGCGGACCUGGCUCAUGAACAUCUGAAGGAGCGGGGGCUGUUUGGACUUCCUCCUCCGGCGCCCCCCGGAGCCGGCCCGGCAGAGUUUUACCACCUGAUGGGGGGCCACCGAGGCCCCUACGGCGAGCUCCUGGUGCAGGGCGGCGGGGCCACGGUGGGGCCGCACCUGUCCGAGUGCGUUGCUCCCAUCGAUGCAUCACGCUUCUCCAGUCCCAGAUUGAUGCCCAGACUCGGCAGGAAGCGGGCCGUGUCUUUCUCAGCGCUGUCUGACGCUGGUGUAGACCUCCAAACAAUGAUUCGCACGUCACCCAGCUCCCUGGUGGCGUACAUCAACCAUUCCCGCUCCAGCUCAGCCGCCGGCGGCUGCUACGGUCACCUGUCGGUGGGAGGACUCAGCCCACCCUUCCCUUUCCCCCACCCCAUCAACCCCCUGGCCUACCAGCAGCUCCUCUCCCAGCAGCGGGGGCUCAGUGCCUUUGGCCACACAACGCCCCUCAUUCAGGCUCCACCCACCUUCUCCAGCCACCAGACGGGCCUCAGCCUCUCCUCGCUGCCAAGCUCCGCCCACAACAACGACCUGGCAAAGAACCACGGAGGCAGCUCAGCCAUCAGUGCUGUAGAGCCGAUAAUCAACAAACGGUCCAAGGUGAAGAUGGAAGCAGGGGAAGUGAAGCGAUCGUCUCCUGGAUCACCGAACCAGCGCAGCAGCUCGCUGGACCUGAAGGACGACCUGGACCGGGACGAGGCCAAGCCGGAGCCCGACGCCGUCUACGAGACCAACUGUCACUGGGAAGGCUGCAGCAAAGAAUACGACAGCCAGGAGCAGCUGGUGCACCACAUCAACAACGACCACAUCCACGGAGACAAGAAGGAGUUCGUGUGUCGCUGGCAGGACUGUUCCCGGGACCAGAAGCCCUUCAAGGCCCAGUACAUGCUGGUGGUCCACAUGCGGCGCCACACCGGAGAGAAGCCGCACAAGUGCACGUUCGAAGGAUGUUUCAAGGCGUACUCCCGCCUGGAGAACCUGAAGACACACCUGCGCUCCCACACUGGAGAGAAGCCGUACGUCUGUGAACACGAGGGAUGCAACAAAGCCUUCUCCAACGCCUCGGACAGGGCCAAGCACCAGAACCGCACCCACUCCAACGAGAAACCUUACGUGUGCAAGAUUCCCGGCUGCACCAAGCGCUACACCGACCCCAGCUCGCUCAGGAAGCACGUGAAGACCGUGCACGGCCCCGAGGCCCACGUCACCAAGAAGCAGCGCGGCGACCCGCCGCCCCGGCCGCCGGCCCCCCCAGAGACCGGGGAGACCAAGACCAGCAGCAGACUCCAGGCCGAGGACCGGAUGGCUGAGCACAGCGCCCCCAGAGGCCGGGAGGACUACCGGCAUGUCAAAGCCAUCAAGACAGAGAACUCCGUGAUGCAUCAGUCCGGCGCUGGCAGUCAGCCGCCACGUAGCAGCGAGCCAUCACCACCUGGCCCCGACCAUGACGGUGGAGUAGACACGGUGGGGGGCGGCCGGGAUGCCCCCCCCAACGACCUGCCGUCUGUGAAGUCUCUGGAGGGCUGCUGUGGGGGGGUGGCGGUUGGUCUGAUCCUCAGGGCAUCCCGAGAGAGGGUUAGGACGGUGCAGGACUGCUGUCGAUGGGGGGACCACCCGACACCCCCGGUUCUCACACUACCACCCGUACCCCCCAGCGGAUCCCAGAGUGACCACGAGGGUCUGGAUCCAGACCUGCAGUUCCUCUACUGA